UUUCCGGUGAUGUGAUUUCAUUGACAUCUGCAUGUGUAUGCGAAAGUACGGAGCGUUGUAUAUUUAUGUAUUCGUUCAUCAAAAAUUUGUAGCUAUAAACACAUCAUCCUCAAAGUCUUCUAUCGACGCAACUUGAAGAUGUCGGAGUGGCAAGUGAUCAACGACAACACCUUACAGCGUGAUCUCAAGGGAGCCGAAUUCCUGAUCAAUGCUACUGAGCAACAUCAAGGAGGAAAUUAUCAAUUGAUUUUCACAGUCACUCUUGACACCAAUAUACCUCACGAUCGACUGAGGACACGUUUUGGUCCUGCUUAUUUGGCAUUGAGGCGACAAUAUCCCCUCCUAGGAAUCGAAUAUGCCGCGGAGCAACUCGAAAAAGCAUCUUGUAAAGCGCUUCAGAACAGCAAAGAAGCGAAAGAAUGGCUAAAGCUAUCAACACAGACGGUCCAUAUCUCAACAUCAGACAGCGUAAACAAUUUUGGUAGAAGAGUGGCACAAGAACCUCUAAAAACGCCCAAUCGGGUAUGUAAGACAUACUUGGUUCUUGGUCCGAAACAAGGACAAGCUGGUUUGGUUUUGCAUACUUCACAUGCUCUCACCGGACAUUACAGUGUACGGGUGAUGGAUACCUUUGCCAAGCUGCUGGCUGAGGAGGAGUUCGAGAAGGGUAUAGAUGCUACGUUUGAGCCUGAAGAUCUCAAAUUACUCGCUUCGCGUCUUCCUGGAAGUCUUGAAGAUGCAUAUAAGAAAAAGUAUAAGCCUUCACCUGAUGAUAUAUCCGAAGAACUAAGAAAAAGGCAGACGAUAGCAAAUUCUGAGCAAACGCCUAAACUUGGGAUUCCCGUACACCGUUCCUUUGCGAAUCGAAGAAGCUUGAUGCAAAAUUUACUGGUACAAUUUGACAAAUAUGAAUCAAAACGGAUCCUUUCUGGUAUAAAACGAAUGGGGAUCUCACCAACUACUGCAGUAUUUGCUUCGAUCUUGUGUGCAACGCAUAAGCUUUUUCCGGGGCAAAAUCGAGGAUUUAAAGGAUGUACGCUGAACUUUAGCACACAUGCGUCAAGAUAUCUUCCAUGCGAAGGUCAAACAGGAGAGCCAGUCGUAUCCAUGGCUAUCGUUCCUAGCGCAAUAUGGAUUCCAACAAAAGCUCAAGAUUUUGAAAAGGCGGAUAGCACAGUAAUCUUGAAAUUUGCUAAGAUCAUAGCGAAAGAACAAGAUGAAUUUCUCAAAUCACCUCAUUCAAUGGCAUAUGCUUCGGAAAUAGCGCAAAUGCUAAAAAGCAGCCCGUCAGCUGGAACUCAAGAGACUCAAAUAGAGAAGAGCAAUGCAGUAUUGACAUCACAAGGUCCUAUGCCGAUCUCGUAUGGGCACCAAAACGGUGCUAACCAAAUCAAGAUCGUUGACUAUAAUCAUUUCGGAAGGAACACGGAUCCUACAGUCUGCUUUGCCCUUUACUCUGUUCAUGCGUCAUUACGCAUCGCCACAAUCUCUGAUGAAAAGUUCUUCGAAGUUGCACUAGUUGACAAGGUCUUAAGAACGGUCGGAGAUAUUAUACGUGGUUUACAGGUCGAAGUUCAAGAUAGUGCUCGUUUGUAGUAGAUGACAUUCAUUCCCAAAUUAAAGAUACCAAGUAAGUAUGUAUAAAGAUGUACAAUAUUAAAGAUUCGAUUUGAUGAUUAUAUGUGUGGAAAAAAGUGUAUUCUAUAGAUUACUCUUCUCCAUAUCUCCCAAAAGUGUCAGUGGCGUUGAAAGUCCAGAUGAAACGGAUGAAAUUGAUGGU